ACAGUUAACACCGUUCGGCGGAACAAAAUUUUUGGGGCUUCUAUUUGGGCAAAGAAAAAAACCACAAAAAAUCAACAAAAAAAUUUCAACCGUUUUUUCAGUUUCGAGAAUUUUCAAUAGUUUAAUUUACACAUUUUUUCGUUUUGAACGCUUCGCAGGAAAAACAUGUCCAACGCGUUUUCCUACUGGAACGGCCAGCCCGUGAAUGCGCCGGUUUAUCCGCAAAUGGGCGAUCUGAUGGGACAGAUGGGAGCUGGAGGAUCUGUGCCCGGAGGAUCUGUAUCUGGAGGAUCUGUAGCAGGCGGAUGGACCGGCGUCCAACAGCCAGCUGCUUCUCAGUGCCCCACGCAGACUCAUCUUCCAUUUGCCGCCGGCGGAGGCGGCGGAAUGCCAGCUGGACUGGGACUAGGAGUAGGUGGAGGAGCUGGUGUCCAGCGGAGUGCCCCGCAGAUGGGCAUGGGCGACUAUCAGAACGUCAGUUCGCCGCUCACCUGCAACCUGCCGGCCACCUUCUUUGGCCAGGGACCCGGUCAAUUUGAGCCCUGCAUCGACAAUGGCGAGGCCUUCUGCGCCUACAACGGCAUGGACAUGAGCAUGAACUACGGCGGCGGAGGCAGUGCAUCCGGUGCAUCCAAGGGCGGCUUCUGGUAGGACAUCUACAAGGACAAUCUGCGACACAAUAAUUACCAUCUCCCACGGCAUCACGACGGCAGCAGCAGCAGCAGCACACGAUCUUUCAACACAAAAACAAAGAAAACACCGAAACAAGUUCUACAGCCACAUCCGAAUAUCGAUAUCGACACUUGGACACAGCAUCAUCCACUCCACUCCUUCCAAUCGCCAAGCAAUGCAAAGGGAAUUGCGAUUGCGAUUGGCGUUUGUCCGUUGGUGCAGUUAAAAUAAAUAUUUUGAUGAGUCCUCCCUGAAA